CGGCGGCGCCGGAGUCCCGGCCGAUCCCGCAGUGCCGGGGGCGGAGCGGAGGCCACCUGAGCCUGGACGUGAGAUCCUGGACAGGAGGAGGACGCCCCCUCUUGACCCACAAACAUGGACCUGGACGCCAAGAUGAAGAAGAUGGGCUUAGGUCACGAGCAAGGAUUUGGAGCACCCUGUUUAAAAUGCAAAGACAAAUGUGAAGGAUUUGAACUGCACUUCUGGAGAAAAAUAUGUCGUAACUGCAAGUGUGGCCAAGAAGAACAUGACGUCCUCUUAAGCAAUGAAGAGGACAGAAAAGUGGGGCGACUUUUUGAAGACACCAAGUAUACCACUCUGAUCGCAAAGCUAAAGACGGAUGGAAUUCCCAUGUAUGAACGCAAUGUUAUGAUACUGACCAAUCCAGUUGCUGCCAAGAAGAAUGUCUCCAUCAACACAGUCACCUAUGAAUGGGCUCCUCCUGUCCAGAACCAGGCACUGGCCAGACAGUACAUGCAGAUGCUGCCCAAGGAGAAACAGCCAGUGGCAGGCUCGGAAGGGGCACAGUACCGAAAGAAGCAGCUGGCAAAGCAGCUCCCCGCACAUGACCAGGACCCUUCCAAGUGCCAUGAGUUAUCUCCCAAAGAGGUGAAGGAGAUGGAGCAGUUUGUGAAGAAAUACAAGAGUGAGGCACUGGGCGUAGGAGGUGUGAAACUUCCCUAUGAGAUGGGUAGUCCCAGCCCCGACAAACUCUACAUCCCUGCGGGGGACAGAAGCACCCCGGCAGCCAUGGGGCCCAUGGAGAACAAAUCUGCCGAGUACAAAGGAACUCAGUAUUUCUGCUAUUGCUGCAAGCUGAGCAUGAAGGAGGGCGACCCCGCCAUCUAUGCUGAGAGGGCCGGCUACGAUAAACUGUGGCACCCAGCGUGUUUUGUCUGCAGCACUUGCUCUGAACUGCUGGUCGACAUGAUUUAUUUCUGGAAGAACGGGAAGCUGUUCUGCGGCAGACACUACUGUGACAGCGAGAAACCCCGAUGUGCCGGCUGUGAUGAGCUGAUAUUCAGCAAUGAGUAUACCCAGGCAGAAAACCAGAAUUGGCAUCUGAAACACUUCUGCUGCUUUGACUGUGACAACAUCCUGGCUGGCGAAAUAUACGUGAUGGUCAAUGACAAGCCUGUGUGCAAGCCCUGCUACGUGAAGAACCACGCUGUGGUGUGUCAGGGAUGCCACAAUGCCAUCGACCCAGAAGUGCAGCGGGUAACCUACAACGAUUUCAGCUGGCAUGCCUCCACACAGUGCUUUCUGUGUUCCUGUUGCAGCAAGUGUCUCAUUGGGCAGAAGUUCAUGCCAGUAGAGGGCAUGGUUUUCUGUUCAGUGGAGUGCAAGAAGAUGAUGUCUUAAAAUAAGAGCACCAAGCAGUAUUGAGCCAUGAUCUGUCCAAGUUGGUAUGCAUUUCUACUGUAAAGUGCAAUUUGAGAAAAAAAAAAAUAAAAGGAAAAGAAACAGUAAAGGAAACCAGGAGAUUUUGUUCAAUAU